CUGCAGAACCGCUUCUUCUUUUCCACAUAGUAACUGCAUCUACCCUCUGCUGGAAAGCCAGUCGCAUGCGGCGUCCGCGCCGUAGCCGCCAUAAUUCAGGGUGAGCUUCGGUAGCGAGCAUCCGGCGCCCAGAUCAAAAGUUAUGUUUCCUUUGGGUCGUUUUCCCUUAACAAACAUGGCGGCCUCCGGGCCUGCCACAUAGGUUAAUGAUCCGAAACAGCGUCCCGCCCUCGUCCCUUCCUCCGCCAAACCGGAAGAAACCGAUGGUGUCUGGUGAGGUCCAAACCUCCUUCGUUUUCCCUCUGUUUCUCCCCGCCUCCUCCGCGGAAGCCGAGCGCCAAACUCAAAACUCUAUCGGGACCAGCACGCCUUUCAGGCUACUACCAGGGGCCCGGCCUGUUUGGCUUUUCCGCACAGUGGCCGGGGCAGGGAUCCAACAUGAGCCAAGUUCUUUUCCAACAACUAGUCCCGCUGCAGAUGAAGUGCAAAGACUGUGAGGAAAGGAGAGUAAGUGUUAGAGUGAGCAUUGAACUACAAUCAGUUUCUAAUCCAGUUCACAGAAAGGAUUUGGUUAUUCGUCUGACUGAUGAUACAGACCCAUUUUUUCUGUAUAAUCUUAUUAUAUCUGAGGAAGAUUUUCAAAGUUUAAAAUUCCAGCAAGGUCUUCUGGUAGACUUCUUAGCUUUCCCACAAAAAUUUAUAGAUCUCCUUCAGCAAUGUACUCAAGAACAUGUUAAAGAAAUUCCAAGGUUUUUGCUGCAGUUAGUUUCUCCAGCAGCUAUUUUGGAUAACUCACCUGCAUUUUUAAAUGUGAUAGAGACAAAUCCUUUUAAGCAUCUUACACAUCUCUCACUAAAACUUUUACCUGGAAAUGAUGUGGAGAUAAAGAAAUUCCUAGCAGGUUGUUUGAAAUGUAGUAAGGAAGAAAUAUUAUCAUUGACACAAUCACUAGAUGAUGUUACUAGGCAACUGAACUUCACACAAAAGACAUUAUCAGAAAAAAUACAAGAAUUAGACAAGUUACGGAAUGAAUGGGAGUCACACACAGCAUCAUUGACAAAUAAGCAUUCUCAGGAACUGACAAAUGAGAAGGAAAAAGCUUUACAGGUACAGGUUCAAUAUCAACAGCAGCAUGAACAACAGAAAAAAGAUUUAGAAAUCCUCCAUCAACGAAAUAUCCACCAGCUACAGAACAGAUUGUCAGAGUUAGAGACAGUUAAUAAAGACCUAACUGAAAGAAAAUAUAAAGGAGACUCCAGUAUUAGAGAACUUAAAGCAAAACUUUCUGGUGUUGAAGAGGAGCUGCAGCGAACUAAGCAAGAAGUCCUCUCUUUGCGAAGAGAAAAUUCUACACUAGAUGCUGAAUGCCAUGAGAAAGAAAAGCAUAUUAAUCAGCUACAAACAAAAGUGGCAGUUUUAGAACAAGAAAUCAAGGAUAAAGAUCAGCUUGUUUUAAGAACAAAAGAAGCAUUUGAUACAAUCCAGGAACAAAAGGUGGCUUUAGAAGAAAAUGGUGAGAAAAAUCAAAUACAACUGGGAAAACUUGAAGCUACAAUAAAAUCAUUAUCAGCAGAACUCCUGAAGGCAAAUGAAAUUAUCAAGAAGUUACGGGAUCUGAAACCCUAAAUGGGCAAGUUGAAACUGAAGAAUACAGUUACUAUUCAGCAAGAAAAACUCUUGGCUGAGAAGGAGGAAAAAUUACAAAAGGAACAAAAGGAACUGCAAGAUGUUGGACAGUCUCUCCGAGUUAAGGAGCAAGAGGUAUGCAAAUUACAGGAGCAAUUAGAAGCUACAGUUCAAAAACUUGAGGAAAAACAACUUCUAAAAAAUAAUGAAAAGUUAAUCACAUGGUUAAAUAAAGAACUAAAUGAAAAUCAGCUAGUGAGAAAGCAAGAUGUGUUGGGACCUUCUGCUACUCCUCCUGCACAUUCCAGCAGCAACACAAUCAGAAGUGGAAUUUCUCCUAAUCUGAAUGUGGUUGAUAGUAGACUGACUUACCCAAGCUGUGGGAUUUCUUAUCCUGUCUCCUCUGCAUUUGCAUUCCAGAAUACUUUUCCUCAUCUGUUAUCUACCAAAAAUACCAUCCACCCAGUUUCAGGACCAAAGGUUCAGUUUAACUUGCAGUUUACAAAACCAAAUACAUCACUAGGAGAUGCUCAGUCAGGAGCAACCGUUAAUAUGCCUGGCUCAACUGAUAAAGAGAAUGGUGAAAAUUAGGAUUGGAAUCUAAGUAUUGAAGAAAAGAGAAGAUAGCAUUCCUUUACGUGGACUGAGCCAGAAUCUGUUUAGUAAUUCAGAUCAUCAGAAAGAUGGCAGUCUAGGAGUGUUGCAGACAUCUUCUAAACCUGCAGUGCUCCCCUCUACAUCUUCGGCAUAUUUUCCUGGGCAGUUACCAAACAGUUAAAUCUAUCAUCAUCUUUUACCUUUCUAUUGAGCUUUCAGAAACUCAGGUGGUUUAAAAAUAACUUUAACCGACAAGUCAAAUCCUAAGCAGGCAAGUUUCAGAUUUUACUUGAGCUUCCUACCAUUAGCUUGUUUAGAUCCUUAAUAAUACUACUGCAUUUAUAGCAUAGGGUAAAGAAACAAAUUUGUAUUUGGGGAUUGGUAAAGA